AUGGAGGAGCAAUCACAAGAACAGAGGAAGAUAGUGAAGACUUACACCCCUCCUCUGCCAUACCCUCAAAGAUUACAGAAGGAGCUCAAAGAUCAACAAUUUACGAAGUUCCUAGAGGUUUUCAAGAAGCUGAAAAUUAAUAUUCCUCUUGCUGAAGCAUUGGAGAAAAUGCCCUUGUAUGCAAAGUUCUUAAAAGAACUUAUCAACAAGAAGAGGAGAUGGAAUGAAAAAGAGACAGUGAUCUUGACACAAGAAUGCAGUGCGGUGAUCCAAGAAGGCCUCCCACCAAAACUCAAAGAUCCUGGGAGCUUCUUCUUGCCUUGUACCAUUGGUAACAUAAUCAUUGACAAGGCACUGUGUGAUUUAGGAUCCAGUAUCAACCUAAUGCCUUUGUCUAUGAUGAGAAGGCUAUCUAUAGAAGAAGUAAAGCCUACACAGAUGUCAUUGGAGCUAGUGGAUAGAUCUCUGGUAAUUCUCAAGGGGGUGAUUGAAAAUCUCUUGGUCAGAGUAGGGAAAUUCAUAUUUCCAGCAGAUUUUGUAAUCAUGAACUUAGGUGAAGAGGGGAAUGACUCUAUUAUAUUGGGAAGACCUUUCCUGGCAGCAGCAAGGGCCAUCAUUGAUGUGGAAUAA